AUGGAGCCGACCAAAGUCACCUCUGGGCCAGCAAUAAAGUGCCAUUUGUUACUCGACCUACCGGACGACAUACUCAUCGUGAUCUGCUCGCAAUGUCGCAUCGACGAGCUUCUAGAUCUUCGCCUGACCAACUCGAGGAUACGAAACAUCAUAUCAGAAUACAUGUUGACAAUCGCACCCUCUGUAGCCCGCGUAACCUUUCCAUACAGCGACCGCCUCCUAAAACCAUUCGCGGACCGCACACGAUACACGUUCGAAUGGCUGAAAGGAUUGAUACCGCAGCAGCUGGCAGCAAUACUAGUCGAUAGACACCGUAUUGUCUCUACUGGUUCACUGUCGCAUUACGGUAUACCAGCCGAAGACCCUUUUGGCGACGAGCUACGCGCCCGAGUCGCUAAUGGCUGGCACGUCUUGCGUAGCUUGUCAAACAUCUCCCGCGAGGUGCACAGGAGAUAUGAGGUCGUCCUCUACACGGACUGCGAGCUAGACACCCUGAUACAGAAGGAGCAAAUUAUCCUUGACAAACGCCUGCAAUACAUGAAAACUCUGCCAGAUCAGCUUGCCAACGACUACAAGCUCAUGUUCAGGCUUUUGUGGACAUGCUUCGGCACCGAUUUAUCAGAUACGGGAGAAGACGAGCCAUGGAUCUCUGAUAGGGGCGACGCACUCUCAAAUCUGGGAAUAGAAGACUUGCUAUUGAUGAGGGAUGAGAACGUCGGUGGACGGUGGAUGAGCCGCAGGGGUAGCUUAUUGUUGACAUGGUUCGUGCUAGCUGAGGGACCGGAGAUGUUCUGGAGACAAUGGUGGAGCCUGCCUUCAGGGUCGUCACAGAAUCACAUCCGCGACCUCGCCCGCUCGACCUUCCGCGAACUUCCUCCAACGCUAAUGAACCGCCAUCGUUGUUUCGCGCAAAGCUUUAAGGCAGCCAAUCCCAUACGUGGCCUUGUUUCGACGUCUCCAAUUCCAUAUUUUGCCGAGUAUACACUGCAGAGAGAAAACGAUGACAGCCCCUCCCUAGUGAAGGAUAUUAUGACACAUGUUCCUUUCCGUGUAAAUUUCAAAGUUCAACCCAUGAAGCCUUUGGUGGUAGAGAUCGGGUACCAGUUCGCUGAGUUCCAUAAUCUGUGGUUACGGAUGGUGAUCAUGACGCUGGCUUCGUUUGGCUCAGCACGCCUGUGCCCCACCUGA